CGUCAAGCAGUAGAGAAAAUAAACAAACAAAUUGAGUGAUUCUAAACAUACUAAAAAAAAAGUUUAUUUUAUGUUUUAAUUAUUAAUUUAUUGGUAGUAAUUUGCCGAUUAUUCAUUUAUUAUCUUAGUAAUGAUUGGUGCUUCGAAAGAGCUUAAUUAACAUCCCAAUAGAGCUCCAACAAACUUUGUAGUAUUUUGGAGUUUCCAGAAGAAAGUGACUAUGGCUGAGCUAAGUUUACCUAUUAAUUUAGCCUUAGAUAGUCAAAGGAUCAUCCAGGUACCAAUAGCAAGUAAUACAACUGUUGAAGAUGUUUGUAUUUAUAUCUGCAAGAAAUUGGAAAUAGGGACUUUGGCCCGCCAUUUAUUUGCUAUAAGAACGAGCAAAAACCUUUUUUUAAGACCAAAUGAUACUUUUGAGCCGGAAAUUAGGCCAGGACGGAUAAAAUUUGGUACCUACGAGUUUAGGAUAAGGUUUAAAAUGGCCCGUAUAGAAAAGCUAAAAAAGCUUGAUUAUAGUGCUUAUAAUUACUAUUUUCACCAGGCUAAAAAUGAUGUCCUGGAUAACAAAGUACCUGAAUUUAAUUAUGAGAAAUGUCGUAGGGAGUUGUUGGGGCUGGGAACUAUUGAUAUGUACAGAGUAAUGUUGGAAAAAGGUUUACCAAGAGAGACAGUGGAGCGUGAUUAUAAGAAAUAUGUGCCUAAGGAAUUACUUAAAAAACAUUCAUUUUUUAUUAAGAGACCCAUUCAUGAUAUAUUGGUGAAGUUUGAGCAAGUCAAGAGAAGUGAUUUAAAUGCUGACUUUUUUAAAUCUCAGUACAUUUACCAAUUUGAAGAGAAAGCUCCAGAAUACUUAGCGGAAUUUUACAAGGCGCAGCUCGAUCCCGAGAAACGUUCCAUAAAUAUUGUUUUGAAAAUUGUUGCACCCCAUUUAAAGGAUGGAGGGAUCAAGUACUACAACGAGGAUGAUUCCAAAAAAGAGCAAUGGACUGAUCUAUGUACUAUUGAAGAUCUCGGUUUUAUCUCGAUAGGGCAAGCAGGAGAACUGCAAAUCAGUAGAAAAACCGGUAUUGUUAUCAAUAUUAAAUUUAGCUCCCGUGAUGUUCUUUGGUCGUUUGUCACUCUACUUGAUGGAUAUUAUAGACUGAGUUGCCGUUGGACUUUCAACUUGUGCAAAGAGUUGGAAACUAAGUCCUUAAGGCAGUUGCUUGAAAUGAAGUGCCAUGGUCCUGUGGGAGGGGAGUUUUCAUAUGCUAAACUGGAAGCGAAAACUAACAACAGACUUGGAUGUUUUAUCAUCCGAGAAAGCGAGACAAGCUACACUACCUACUAUAUUGACGCUUGUGUUAAAGACGGAGCCAAGCCUAAGACGUUUAAACUGGAAAAAAUUGCUGAAAACGCAUAUAUUUUCCAUGACGAUUUGAAACGGUAUUCAUCCAUACAAGAGCUUGUCGCAGAUCAUAGGAAAAGUGAAAUUUAUCUUAACGAAUGUAUUCCGCCUUCUGAAUUUGAUGUUUCACCUUUACUGUUAUGCAGAAAUGAAAUUAUUGUCGGGGACACUCUGACGGACAUUGAAACUUUGCCAGUAUUGAAUCAACCCACAUUUAUUAAUAUUAAAGACUUGCAAUUUUACAAAGGGCAGAGAAAGGAUGGUUCAAGAAAAUUGACUUUUCUACACAGAGGAAUGUGGCGAGUCGAAAAGGGCAAGAAAGUCGAAGUAGCUUUGAAGUUUUACGAGGAGUCCCAAGGCAAACAUAGCACGGAGUUUCUUACGUUAGCCAGCCAGUGGGCAUUUUUAAGAUCUCCAGAUUUAGUAAGACUUUUCGGAAUCGCAUUGAAACCCAUGGCUAUGGCGAUGGAAUACUUUAAUUUGGGACCAUUAGAUCAAUAUCUUCGAGAUAACCGGGGUAUAAUGAAGCCGGAAGAUUUGCUUGAGGCUGCCGGAUGUUUGGCUAAAGCUUUAUGGGAUAUUGUAAGUAAUGAACAAAAUGGUAUAAUUCAUGGGCGCAUACGAUGUCGGAAACUGUUAGUCUACUGCCAUGACGAAAACCGUUUUAGGGUCAAACUUAGCGACCCCGGAAUUCAUACGAAAUAUAAAGAAUCUGAGAUCCAUUGGCUACCACCAGAAUGUUACAAGACAUUCGAUAAAAAAAGUACUGCCGCAGACGUAUGGGCGACUGCGACCACUUUUUAUGAAAUUUUUAAAUUUGGAGAGUUGUUUCCGGUUACUGAUAUGCAAAUGACGAUGAAGUGGUACCUAAAGGGAAAUCGGCUGCCGAAACCCAAAUCGUGUCCGGAAGUGAUCUACAAUGUGAUGAUGGAAUGCUGGGAAGCGGAUAUACAAAAAAGAAAACAACCGCAGCAACUUUGUCGAGAUGUGACUCAGAUUUUGUUUCGCGUAUACAACAAUAGAAAAAAGCACUGGUAUGCUAUACCCGAUCAUCCACGGUCUGAAACAGCCAUGUCUACGCAAAGUUUAGUAUCAACUAAGACUGCAAUCACGGAUAUUUCAGAUACCGCUGAUAUAUCCGAAUCCACAGAUCUCACACAAUUAAUUUCACAGAGCGAGAAUAGUUCUAGUCAAAUGCGGAGAAGUUCAUCAGACGAUUCGCUUAUUUAUUUAGACUCAGAUUCAUCUAAUUCAACUUCUCCGCCAACCUCUUCAACGUUCGAAUGCUCAUCAUUUUUUGGGGAGACAAGUUCUAUGCAAAGAAUAAUCGCAAUUAAUGACGAUAUCAAUGUAACAUUAAUUGGUAUAAUUGGGCGAGGAUAUUAUGGAAAAGUCUUUAAAGGUUAUUGGGAUAAUAGGCAAGACCACACUAGAAAAAUCGUGGCGGUAAAAGAAUUAAAUAAUUCCACUACAACCAACUUCCCGGAAGAGCAGGCUGCAGCUUUUAGCGACUUUGAACGUGAAAUAAAUAUCAUGCAGUCAUUGUCUCAUCCAAACAUUGUAAAAAUUCUGGCAGUUCAAAGGGAGCCGGAACUGCAUCUGAUCAUGGAGUACAUUGAACACAAGUCCCUGCUGGACUACAUUAAUAUCACGCGGAAUGAAAUUACCGAAAAACAACUGUUGAAAUAUGCCUUGGAUAUUGCGAUGGGUAUGAACUACCUCGGCUUACAGAAUAUAGUGCAUAGGGACCUUGCGAUCCGAAACGUUUUAGUUGUGGACGAAACUACCGUAAAAAUUUCAGAUUUUGGACUGGCACAAUGCCUCCCCAGAGGGUGCGACUACUACUAUAUACAAAAUCCCAAUAAAGGAUUACCUAUAAAAUGGCAUGCACCUGAAAGUUUGGAACAUGGAAAGUUCUCUGUUAAAUCGGACGUUUGGUCUUACGGAGUAACGCUAUAUGAAAUGUUUUCUCUUGGAGAGGAGCCACCGUUUUUGGGGAGUCUGGAUGCGCCCGAAGCACAACGGCAACAAAAAUUGCUGGAGUCCCUUAAAGAUGGAAUCAGAUACCAGUGCCCGAAAUCCUGUCCCCAAGCGAUUUAUGUACUGCUGAUGAUUCCAUGCUGGCAACUUAACCCGGACAAAAGGCCAAAGUUUUUGCAACUUGCCGCAACUAUAACGGAACGUUUAAAUCAACUGUAAAGAAUUUUAACGCAUCGAAAAAAAUUGGGUAUGAAUAUUUACACUACCUCAGGAUACUAAUUUUUUUUAGAGGUUUAAAACCUCUAUCACAAUAGUUUGUAUGAAUAUUUCGUGUUUGCAUUAUCGGUUUAUUCAUAUGUUGAUUUUAUAUCGGUCUGUUAUUUAUUUUUUGAUUGACCCUCAAUUUGUUGUACAGGGUGCUUGUAUACAUGCUGAUCUCGUAAAUUACCGGAGAUAAAAUAUAGUUAUAUGGUAGCAAAUUGUUCUCAAAAAGUCGAAGAUUGUACAAAAUUAUUUAUUUUUUGCUCGAUUUAAGAGAUUUUAAAAUUACACUGUGGUACUGAUGAUAGUCAAGUCAGUAAGUUAAAAAAGGUUCAAAAUAGAUGAAGACUAUAGGGGAAGAACGAUCUAAGUCACAUUUUUAUAUUUUUGAGAAAAACGAAUUUGAAAGUUUGAAGACUUCCAUGCAAAACAAUAAAAAAUAAAUCGUUUUGUACUAUUUUUUUAUUAGAAGUCAUUAACAUGGGCAAUACUUAGGGACUACUAAAAAUAAAAAAAAUAAACAGAAUUUUGAAAAAAAAAAUUGAAGAUUCCUCUCUUCGGUGUACCGAGAAACGAUCCAAGUCCACAAGAAUUAGGUUUGAACGCCGCUAUAACAAGAAUACAACAUUACUAAGGACCUUAAUAUUUGACCGUUGUAGCUUACCUUCAUUCCGAAAUAGCGCGUCAUGUUUUGCACGGACAUUAUAAUAGACAUUGGUAUUGAUAGUUACUUUUGCUGAAAAAAGAAAUGACCUUAUUAUUAGUAGAAAAUGUAAUUUCAUCGCUGUCACUUACCAUAUCUGCAUCAUCUACAGUCCUAUUAUUAGUAUGAUGAGGCAAAUUAGUGUAGUCGAAUUGUGACGUUUCAUCUACAAACUUCUUAAGUUCCUGCAGUUGGUCGUACUUCAACUUGGGAAUAGGAAUAAGGCCAUUGCAGUGGCGGCUCGUGGUAAAAAUUUUAGGGUGUUCUGCAAUUAUUAUUAGCAAAAAAAAAACUGAAUUAUUUUUAUACUCGUAUAUUACUUAUAUUUCACCUACUACCUAUUUUUUAUAAAUUAAGUCUAUUCUUCAUUCUUUCCUGUUGGCAAACUUUGUUAUAACUUUUUUAUUAAAAUUGUUAAUUUUAGAGAUAAACUUUUUUUCAAUAGAUAGCAUGGAAAGUGCUGUUAAACGAUCUUCGGUCAUUGAAUUUCUAAGAAAUGUUUUGACUCUUUUUAAUGUUGAAAAACAUCUCUCCGCCUCUGAUGUCGUCAUGGGAGUAGUUACCACAAUUUCUAAUAAUUUUUUUGUCUCCUUCAACGUAUCUCCUAGAUUGUUGGUUACUAAAAAUUUUAGAAGAGGUAAUGCGCCAUUUAAUGCCCUGCAAUCAUUUCUUGAAUAUAGAACAGAUAGUUCAGUUCGUAAACGUUCUUUAUCAAGCAUGGGAUAAAAGGUACAUACGGAAGUGAGCUUAUCUUCAGGAAAUUUGCCACAAUAUUCUCCAAAGCAUUCGGAAAAGAAAAGUGAUGCAACUACUAGAUGUUCUUUAAAUUGAAAUCUAUCUUUUGCGCAAUUUAUAAUAAUAUCACAAACUUCUAAAGCAGAAAUCCGGUGAUCAAAUUGGUUGUUAUUUGGGCGUUUUCGUUUGUUUUCUGGUGGCUCAUCGCUAAUUAUAUUUGUUGCCUCACUAAUAAUGUUAUCAAUAUUAUUUCGAACUUGAAUGAUUCUGCGUUCAAAAUUUUCAACAGCGUUUCUUACUAGAGUAGGUUCGAUUUUUCUUUGUUGUAAUUGAUUGAAUGGAUAUCUACGUGGGGCAUUACAUGAUGAAAAAAAGUCAGUCAAAAAUUAAAAAUAGGAUCAUUCAUUGCACGCCAAAUAGAAGCGGCCGCACUACAAACUGUGUUAUUGGAAAAUUGAUCUUCUAUUUCAUGCAUACAAUCAAUGAGAGAGGCUCUAUUUUCAUACACAACAUUAAUGGUUCGUAUAUUAAAAUUCCAUCGGGUGUUAGAGCCAUGAGGGAUUCUUUUGUUUACAAUUUUAUUCAAUACUUCUACUCGUUGUGGUGGAUUAUUAAAAAAUCCCGAAAUGUCUUGUAAAUUUCCAAAAAAUACACGUACUUGCCUAUUUGCAGAAGCAGCUUUAGACAUAAUCAAGUUUAACUGGUGGGCAUAGCAGUGUACAUAGUGAGCAAAAGGAUACUUUUUUUUUAUUAAUGCUUGAACGCCUGCAGUGUGGCCACUCAUCACUGCUGCUCCAUCGUAGCUUUGGGCAAUCAGUUUGUUGGGUGAAUUUGAAAUUAAAGGCUCGAUAAAAGUUAGAAUUGCUUUACUAAGUGUUUCUGCAUCACAUUUUUCAGGAAUUAAGUAGUUCUAAAAUCGUUCAAUUGGUUCACCAUCGCAAACAUAUCUAAAAAUAACAACCAUUUGAGACUUUGCAGCAACGUCCGCUGUUUCAUCCGCCAUGAUUGCCAAAAAUGGCGAAUUAAUUAUUUGUUCAUGACAUGACAUGAUUAAUUUCUUCAAUUAUUUGUUCAUGACAGACUUCAAGCAUACACUGUAAUAAAUCAUUCUGUAUUUCUUUGGAGGUGCCUUUAAAUAUGGAAGAAUUCUUUAGAUGAUCACUUAGAGUUUGUCUAAUUCAGCAGAAAAGUUGAUCAACCCACGAAAUAUCCCCGGAUUCUCAGAAAUAUCACUUUCGUCAUGUCUCCGAAGAGCCAGUUCAAAUGCUCCACAAAAUUUAAUACAAUUUAUAAUUUUUGAUAAAAUGUAUCUAUUUUUUGAGACAUUUUCAUUAUGUUUUUGUAUAUUUAACCAAUACGCAGAAUUUAAUUGUGUCAUUAUAUUAGUUGAUCCUAAUAACCUCAAUUCCAUACAAUUAUGAAGAUGGCUUUUAGAGUUUUCAUGCCAUUUUAUUUUCAAACUCAAAUGUUCUAGAUCGGUGAUCCCUAUUUCCGUCCAAGCUUUAUCGCCACCAAAAAAGUAGGCAGGGAAAACAGUAUAAAGAAUUCUUUUUGUUAAAGCCACAAAUCCAUUCAUUUUUUAAAUAAAUGUCUUUAUUAAAUUUACGCGUAUAACUUUUUCCUCUACUUACACCAGCUUUUUUAAUAAUAAUGUCUGGCAAUGGUCUACCUUUUGCUUUUAACUCAAGUUUUUCUUCAUAAGAAUGUUGAGAAAAUAUCUUCACAUUAAUUAAAUUAAACACCACUUCCAUAGU